CCACUGUCUCACCCGGUUUCUCUUCGUGGCCCUUAAACUCCUCCCAUCCCCAUUGACUCAUUUCUAUAUCCUCACCUGCGGCUCUAACACACUUAAGCUCCGACCAUCUAGCCCGACUCUCUUUGAUUCCUGGCCCAUUACCCGUUUCCUCACCUGCUUUGGGUCUUUCCGCAUCCACCGGCUAUUGUACGGAUCUGUUUGUUUUCGUUUCGGUGUCCACACCUAUCCAUUGGUCUCCUCCACCAGCAUCCACAACUUCCACUACCACUACCACUACCACUACCACGCCUCCCACGGUGACACGAACAACCUCCAACUCCCCCGAGGUACUUAUGCUGUACAGAUCCGUCCCUCUCCCCAGGUUGAGACCCAAGUUUGUCUCCCUCAUGCGUCUCUCAUCCGCCAACAUGUCAUCCACUUCCUCUACAAAAGCUCCUCUUGCUCCGAGCCAUACCAAGCAGGCUUCGAUAGUUACUCCUACCACCCCGAGUACUCCUCAUCAUCCUCGCACCAAGCACACACAUGCCACUGCUCAUGUCCCUAAUCGAUCUGCUCAUUACGACACUUCUCUUUCCGUCCCUGUGCGAAAAUACCUCCAGACAUAUGGACUGACUCCUCCCCGCGCAGAGAGUUAUGAAAUCCAGAAGAAGAGAUGUCUUGCCCAAUUGGCCCUCAAGGCUACCGACAUUGAACGAUUCCUGUACUUGAGCACUCUGAGAUACAACAACGUUCACUUGUUCUAUCGUCUCUUGACAGACCACUUCACCGAGUUGACUCCUCUUGUUUAUACACCCACCGUGGGAGAGGCAUGUCAAAGAUGGUCAGAAAUUUAUCAGCAGCCAGAGGGCAUGUAUCUAAGUUUUGACGACCGUGGACAUCUCUCCACCAUUAUCCAGAACUGGCCUCAAGCCAAUGUUGAAAUCACCGUCAUCACUGAUGGCUCAAGAAUUCUGGGUCUCGGUGAUCUUGGCGUGGGUGGUAUGGGCAUUCCCAUCGGGAAACUCGCUCUGUACACUGGCUGUGCGGGCAUCCGUCCUGAGGGCACUCUUCCUCUGACCGUUGAUCUCGGCACCGGCAAUCAGGCCUUAAUCAAUGAUCCUCUCUACAUGGGAAGCCGCCGCCCAAAAGUCACCCCUCAAGAAGAGAGGGAAUUCUUGGAUGAAUUAAUGGAGGCUCUCAAAGAGCGCUGGCCCGAUAUUGUCAUCCAGUUCGAGGACUGGAAGAAUCCUUUCCCUUCUUUGGAGAGAUAUCGACACGACUAUGCCAUGUUUAACGACGAUAUCCAGGGCACUGGUGCUGUCAUCAUGGGUGGUAUCAUCGGUGCUGUCAAGCAGUCCGGUAUUGCUCCCCGAGACCAUCGGGCCGUCUUUCUCGGCUCUGGCUCGGCCGGUGUGGGUGUUGCCAGGCAGAUCGUCGACUACUUUGUUCAUGAAGGCCUGACCGAGGAGGAGGCCAAGAACUGCUUCUGGCUCGUCGACAGCAAGGGUCUGGUGACACAAGAUCGCGGCGACACCCUCGCCGAACACAAAAUCUACUUUUCUCGAACUGACAACAAGGGACAACAGUUCAAGAACCUGGAAGAAGUCAUGGACUACGUUAAGCCCACCAUCAUUAUGGGCCUGAGUACCAUCGGUGGCGCUUUCACCCCUGAACUUUUGCAAAAGAUGGGUCAGUGGAACGAUCACCCGAUUAUAUUCCCGCUCUCCAACCCAUCAUCCAAAUCCGAGUGUACCUUCGAGCAAGCCAUCACCCACACCGAUGGCCGCGCACUCUUUGCCUCUGGAUCUCCUUUCCACCCUGUCACUUACAAGGGCAAGACCUAUCACCCAGGCCAAGGCAACAACAUGUACGUCUUCCCGGGCAUUGGAUUGGGUACGAUUCUCUGCAAAGCCGUGCAGGUGACCCCAGACAUGAUCUAUGCCUCUGGCGAUGCCCUGCCGACCAUGAUCACCGAGGAAGAAAAGAACAAGGCACUCUUAUAUCCAGACAUCAGCCGAAUCCGCGAAGUUAGCGCUCGUGUGGCCCUCUACGUGAUCCGCGCAGCACAAAAGAACAACGUUGACCGGAUCCAUCAUCUCCGUGAUUUGGAUGACGCUACACUCGAGGCCUGGAUCAAGGAGAAGAUGUAUGACCCACAUAAGGAGACCGAGGAGUUGGAGAAUGAAUUGCGGGAUAUUGUCCAGGAGUUCACUGUGUCAUCACCUAGAUUGUGAUGGACAGACUCUGGAUCAAAUGAGCGCUUUCGGCGUUUGGGAUUAUCCGUGCUACUAUGCACCAAAAUGGAGCCGAGGAUUCGAAGUGGAUGCUGGAUGCUGAAGCCACGUGCUCACACGGAAGUCGUCACACCCGACAAGUGUUGGAGCUGUCAGCUGCCCAGCGGCUUUGUGAGAGAUACCCCUUUUACACAACUACAGCUUUAGUUUAGCGCUUGGAAAAUGGAUUUUAUUGCUGGCAAUCAAAGACAGAACUUGACAAAACACAUUCACGCUCUCAACCAAUAUCAAUCGAAUAUUAUUCCGCCGCUUUGGCAGCGGUCCUUCUCAUGCGUGUUUUUGCCUAAGACGACCUACAUCUUUAGCACCUAUCAUCUAGGUGUUGUCUCAAUGUGGACGAAGACAUGGCAAUAGCUGAUGUUCUUUAUAUCACGUGAGACGUCAUUGACACGUGAU